AUUUAGGGUUCAGUUUUUUAUAAACAUUUGUUUUUAAAAUGUCUGGAGAACAAGGUUUCUAGACUUUGUCCACAACUAACAUACAAAGAAAAUUUCAGGUGAUAUCGAAGCAAUGCAUGAAAAGAAAGUUAUAGUUCCGCAAGGAACCACAAUCCAUCAGGAAAAGCCUUUUGUGUACAUUUUGAGUUCGAAAUAUCGUACAGAGUGUUGUGAUUUUUGCUUUAAAAAGUCAAACGACUUGGCUAAAUGCUCCAGCUGUAAAUACGUUUAUUACUGUGGGAAAAUAUGCCAGAGACAAGGCUGGGGUAUACACAAACAGGAGUGUAAAAACUUGAAGAAAACAUUGCCUAGAAUCCUGCCAGAUGCUGCAAGACUUCUUUAUAGACUUUACAAAACUUUAGAUAACGGUGGUGAUACUUUUCGAUCAUACUACACAGAAAAAAAGUACAGAGUAUGGAGAGAUUUAAUUUCACAUUAUCCAGAAAUAAAGAGAGACAAAAAAAGAAUGGAACAUCUGACAUCACUGUACGGAGUUUUAUAUGAGUUUUGUGAUGGGGAGAUGUUGCCAAACAUUGCUGAACUUACUGGAUUUUAUGGCAGAAUGUGUGUGAAUAGUUUCAACAUUUGCAACCAGGAGCUUCAAAGUUUAGGCACGGGUAUCUAUUUAGGUGCCUCUAUCAUUGAUCAUUCCUGCCAACCUAAUGCAGUGGCCGUAUUCGAAGGUACAACAAUUUUUAUAAGAACCCUAGAGACUUUACCCUGUUUGGAUUGGUCAAAAGUUAGAAUAAGUUACAUAGAUGUAUUAGCUUCGACUGAGGAGCGCAAAAAUGAACUGAAAGAAACUUAUUACUUUAUGUGUGACUGUCCUAAGUGUUUGGGGCCUGAGAAUAUGUCUGAAAUGUAUGGAGCGGCAUGCCAAAAUAGAAACUGUGAUAAUUACAUAGACGUUAGUGAAAAAAUAUGCAAAAAAUGUGAUAAUGUUUUGAGCGAAGAUUUUGUGGAACAUUUUAGAAAUAUAAUGGAAUUUUCAUCAAUGCAUUUGGACUCUAUGAGAAACACUACAUUAGAUUUAGAUGUUUGCAGAGUGUGCUUGAGGAAACAAGAAGGUGUCUUGUACAAAUACAAUCUAAAACACAUUAAAAUGCUAGAUCUAGCCUUUGAAAGCUCUAUAGAUUUGGAAGCUUUCGACAUAGCUGCUGAAUAUGGUUUAAAACUUAUCGAAUGUUAUCACAUGUAUUAUCCUACCGUACAUCCACUCACUGGUCUGUUACACUUAAAACUCUGUAAAUUGCUGCUGUAUCAAGAUAAAACCAAGGAAGGUAUCGUUCAUUUAAGGAAAGCAAGUGAUAUAUUAAAAAUUACCCAUGGAAAUAGUAGCAUAUUAUAUAAAACUGAAGUAUUACCUUUAAUUCAACAAUGUAGAAGUAUGUUAAAAGGAAUAAACGGCUUUAAAUAAUCAA